UACACUGAUUUCUCUCAACUUAAAUGAUCAUUAUAGUUCCUAAAAGAGAUUAAAUCUGUUAAUCUCAGCCAAAGAAGGAACAAAAUCUCAUCAUCUUUAUCAAUUUCUCAUCAUAAGUGCAGUUCAUAGGAAGAAAAAGUAGAUGGAGUUGGGCUUGGGCUCCAGAUCCUUUAAAUGGGCCAUUUGGUUUAUGAUUUUGGUAAUUUGGAUCCAAUCAACAAGGUCCAAAUCUACUAAUUCAGCCCAAAACAUACCCACGCAUAACUUUGACCAUUAUAGUACUGCUCUCCAUAAAGCAUUGUUGUUCUUCAAUGCCCAGAAAUCUGGGAAACUGCCCAAGAACAAUGAAAUUCCAUGGAGAGGAAACUCAGGGCUACUUGAUGGAUCACAAUUGAAAGAUGUAAAGGGAGGUUUAGUAGGUGGAUACUAUGAUUCUGGAGAAAAUACUAAGUUUCACUUCCCCUUGGCCUUCUCUAUGACAAUGUUAAGUUGGAGCAUGAUUGAAUACCCUCACAAAUAUCGUGCAAUUAACGAGUAUAACCACACCCGCGAACUCAUCAAAUGGGGAACUGAUUACUUGCUCUUGACAUUCGACUCCAAUGCCUCAAAGAUCAACAAAAUCUAUAGCCAGGUUGGUGGUGCCUAUGAAAAUUCAAAUCUACCAGAUGAUAUUAGCUGUUGGCAGAGGCCAGAAGACAUGGAUUAUCCAAGGCCAGUACAAACAGCAUAUGCAGGGCCAGAAUUAGCAGGGGAAAUGGCAGCAGCUUUGGCAUCAGCCUCUAUUGUAUACAAUGACAACCCUGCAUACUCCAAGAAACUGAUCAAGGGUGCUGAAGCUCUCUUUACCUUUGCUAGGGAUCCUAGUAAAAGAAGACCCUACAGCCGCGGGAACCCUUGGAUCGAGCCAUACUACAACUCGACUGGGUACUUCGACGAGUAUUUAUGGAGUGCAACAUGGUUGUAUUUUGCUACCGGAAAUCUUAAAUAUCUCAAGUUAGCAACUAAUCCCGGAAUAACUAAGAAUGCUAUGACUUCGAAAUGGACUAAGAAGACAAGUAUCUUGAGUUGGGAUAAUAAGGUUCCUUCAUCUUUGAUGUUGUUAACAAGGAUUAGAAUGUUUCAUGCUCCUGGCUACCCAUAUGAACAGGCAUUGGCAGAGCAUCAUAAGCUUAUUGCUCUUUCUAUGUGUUCUUAUCUCAAACCGUUCCAUCUUUUUAGCUGGAGUAAAGGAGGAUUGAUACAGCUUAAUGAUGGAGGGCCACAAUCUCUACAGUAUGUAGCAAAUGCUGCAUUUUUAGCAAAUCUAUUUGCUGAUUACCUGAAUGCCAGUGACACUUCUGGAUGGUUUUGCGGCCCUAAUUUCUUCAGCAUUGCUACUCUCCGGAAUUUUGCUUCAUCUCAGAUAGAAUACAUUUUGGGCAAAAACCCCCUAAAGCUAAGCUAUGUGGUGGGGUAUGGUGAGAAGUUUCCGAAUCAUGUCCAUCAUCGAGCAGCUUCGAUCCCAUCAGACGGUCUAAAGUACUCAUGCAAAGGUGGAUACAAGUGGAAGGAUAGCACAAAACCCAAUCCCAAUACAAUUGAAGGAGCCAUGGUUGGAGGACCUGAUCAAUUUGAUCACUUUCAUGAUGAUCGUAGUGAUCGUGGCUCUUCAGGACCAACAUUAGCGGCUAAUGCUGGGCUUGUGGCAGCACUUGUUUCACUGACUGGUAGUGGUGGUUAUGGUGUGGAUAAGAACUUCCUCUUUUCAAACCUCUCACCACCAUAA